UAAAGUAAUGCUUCAUUUUUUAUUUUUUAGGUAAUAAUCUAUGGGGAUUUGCCAAAAAAUAAAGAAAAUAUAAUAUAUUUAUCAAAUCAUCAGUGUACAGUUGAUUGGAUUAUUGCAGACAUGUUGGCAAUUAGGCAGAAUGCACUUGGGCAUGUCCGAUAUGUUUUGAAAGAUGGAUUAAAGUGGCUUCCAUUGUACGGGUGGUAUUUUUCACAGCAUGGAGGAGUCUAUGUAAAAAGAAGUGCCAAAUUCAAUGAAAAAGAAAUGAGAGGGAAGUUGCGGGCCCAGAUGAAAGCUGAGACUCCGAUGUAUUUAGUGAUUUUUCCAGAGGGGACUCGUUACAAUCCAGAGAUACCGAAAGUCAUUGCAGACAGUCAAUCAUUUGCUGAAAAAGAAGGACUUGCUGUAUUGAAGCAUGUGCUAACACCACGUGUGAAGGCAACUCAUGUAGCAAUUGACACAAUGAAAGACUAUCUGGAUGCAGUGUAUGAUGUGACUGUGGCAUACGAAGGUACUGUGGACCACAAAGGACAAAGAAAACUAGCACCAUCUAUGACAGAUUGCUAAACAUACCCAGCAACC